CGAUCAAAAUUCAAUUAUUUUAAUAAAGCUAUGGAGUUUUUAACUAAUUGUACCUAUGGAAACUUAAGUGAGAAUCAGUUAUGUCUUUGUGAUCAUGUGGAAUGUUAAUUGUUUAUAAUAAAUUGUUUUUGUUAAUCUUUUAAGUUUGUUUCGUUUUUUCUGAAAUGAUUUCACCGGUUAACGAUUUUAGGUGAUCAAGGAGGAAGAGAUUGCUGUGCAACGUGCGCACCUAUUCAGUACUCUAAAUGUGAUUCAGUCACUACUGCAUUGACAUAGGUCGAGGUUUACAGUAAAUCGUUGCAAAAUUUUGUAAAAGUUUUCGUAAAUUUUGAAAAGCGUUAUUUUUUGCGCCUUUCUGACCGCCGACGGUGAUUUGCUUGUGACAGGUUUGCUUUUUGGCGAAAUAUUUGGUUUUAAGGUUUGCUGGAAACCAAAAGCGUAAUUGAAGUUGCGAGAGUUGGAACGGCUGAGAUUCAUGCAAUUCGCGCAUGCUGCAGAAUCCUAUCGACCGGCGGCGGCGAACACGGCCACGGCGAUGCCGAUGCCGCCUCGAACUGCGUCAGUCUAUCCGAGACCGGUGCCGCCGCUGCUGCUGCUCCACCAUCCCUGCAGGUUACCGGCAGUCGUUGGGGGCGGCAUCAAUCGGGAUGCUGCUGCCUGGCAAUGAACUUUCCGCGUUUCUCUUCGCAAACGUCUCUUUGCCAGCAGUCGCCGCCGCCACCGCCGCCUCCACAGCAAACUUCUUCUCCUUCCUCUUCGGCGACGGCGGCUGUGGUCGUCGUCCCCGUUCCAUCUAACAACAGCUCGAGAACGCCUAUCAGCCAGAGGGUGCUGAGCGCCAACCCGGAGCCGCAGUUCCUGCAGCUUCCCAACUCGACUCACUAUCAACCCAGCAGGCGGAAGGAAGAGGCACGUGCUCUGCAGAACCUACGGAGACGCGUCCACCAGCUGCGGCUCAAUACCGGCCAUGCCGUUGUCACGGCGACUUCCUCUAACGCUUCCUCCUCGGCGCCGGCCGCAGCCGACAGAAACGCCAACGAUCUGCAGCUCGACAAUCGUCCGCACCUCCUGCAAAAGAUAUUAUCGAAUCGACCUGUCAGCAUGGUUCUGGACAGCUCGGAGAUUCGAACUGCCUGGCAGGAUAGUGACUUCAUCACCGACAGCCUUUGCUGGCACAACGUGUACAGACAGAGACACAACUCACCGCCGCUCACCAUGUCUUCGGAGCUCUGUCAUUUGGCGCAAACCUGGGCGAACCAUCUGGCACACACCAACAGAUUCUACUACAGGAACGACAAGGAUAUAGGGCAAAACCUCUUCUGCAGACCGGACAAUGCCCUGCAAAACGAUGUCACAGGACAAGAGGUUUCCACAUAUUGGUAUAGCGCUGUGAAGCAGUACGAUUACGGCAAGGAGCCGGACGUGUUGCACGCGAACGUGAAUGCAGGUCAUUUUACGCAAUUGGCGUGGGCGAGUUCAAGACAUUUCGGCGUUGGUAAAGCUCGCUCGAGAUCCGGAAAGAUCGUCGUCGUCGCCCACUACGCGCCCGCCGGAAACAUUUCCGGUGCGUUCCAGAACAACGUACUUCCGCCAGCUCUCGAGGUGCUCGCCGCAGCCCCCGGGCCAACACCCACCACCCCUCUUCUGCAGCCACCCCGUUUCGUCAUUUCCUGCGAGAGCGACACAGACGACACGAACAGCACGAACCAAAGUCAGAGCACCCCAUGAUAUCUAUAGAAACAAGCGAACAAGAAGCAAAAUCGGAGCGAAGAAACAAAACGAAUCGUCUUUCAUCGCUCCGAUUCACCGCACCUGACGAUAAUCGAAUUAGAGUGAAACCAGAGGAUAAAUAUUGUUUAUAUAUUAUUAGGUUUAUUAACGCCAAAACAAAACAAACAAACAAAAAGUAAUGGAAAUGUAAGGCCAAAUCCGAGGAAACACCAUCGCCGAUCAGGUAUUCCCUUUUAUACGAUAAUAAUUAAGUCUACUUGAAACAAAACAGAAAAGAAUAGUGAGUUAUGUGUGCAACUCCAUCUCUUUUCGAUUAUGCAAUCAGCGAAACUGUCUCAGAACGCGUGAUCCAGGGUGCUUGAUUACUACAGCUCCGCGCGCGGCUCUCACGAAGAAAACAAAUAUCUCAAAGAACCUUCCAUGGCCUUCUUUAUUCUUGCAGUGACCUCCGGAGGAUCCCCGUAUUAUUGUUAUUAAUGGUCCUCUUCUCUAAGUUGCCGUCCUUCCGAAUACAAUAGUAUAUUGUUUGGGCUCGUGCCUUUAAGACUUGGUGCCUUAAGCUACAGUAAGAGAGAAUUGAAGCGGAGCGGGCGUGGAGCAUUUCAAGAAAAAUAUAUAUAUAUUUACGUUCCUUCUUUACAAUUACAAAAUGAACUGAAGCACAGUCACAAUUAAUUAAUUUACGUGUACGAAAACGUGCGUUCGCGCAAAACAAUUCAUCUGUAUCACGUUUAUAUGAAAAUACGUCAAGUGCAAUAUCAAGAUCUGAGAGUCGAACCGAAAUUAAUUAUUUCGUUCCG